UUCUUAUAUUUUGUUCAAUUAAAAUAUAUUGAAACACAUUUCGAAUUAACCUACCGAGUGCAGCACACGGCUUAAGAAUGCACUGACGAAGAAGUUUUAUUCGCAUCAAUAAAUCUAUUGGCCAAACAAGGAGCGGUGGCUUCCCUUCCUUCCCCGCUGUCUCUCUCAUAAAUUAAUAUUCACAAAAGGGUGCACAUUUAAUGUUAUUUAAAAGUUAUUACCUGUGACGUUCAAAACGGCGAAAAUGCGAAGGAAUCAAAACUCUUCGUUUUCCGCCUAUCUUUGGCUAUCAAUGAUGCUGUUGAACUUCGGUAGCCACCAGGCGUUGGCCAGUCUAGGUAAUCCGGCCACUACUACUACCAGCACCACCAGCAGCGUUGAUAUAGAUAUGGAACCCAUUGAUGGCACCAUGAAUUAUCGACUCUAUGGCAAGAAGGGCAAAGAUGAUAAGCCUUGGUUCGAUGGCCUAGACAGCCGACAUAUACAGUGUGUUCGUCGUGGUCGCUGCAUGGAAGUAAAUACCACAGGGAAUACCUGCUUUGGCUCCAAAUUGCCAUAUGAGUAUACAAGUCUCGAUUUAACCGAUUAUCGCAAGGAGAAGGAACUCAAUGAAGCCUUACAGGGUUAUUAUGCUUUGAGACAUGUACCCAAAUGUUGGGCUGUUAUUCAGCCAUUUCUGUGCGCUGUCUUUAAGCCGAAAUGCGAGAAAAUCAAUGGACAACAAAUGGUCUACCUGCCUUCGUAUGAAAUGUGCCGGAUUACCUUGGAACCGUGUCGGGUGCUUUAUAACACAACGUUUUUCCCAAAAUUUUUACGCUGCAAUGAAACUCUGUUUCCAACGAAAUGCAAUAAUGAUGCACGCGAAAUGAAAUUCAAUGUAACUGGCAAUUGUUUGCCUCCCUUGGUACGGGCAGAUACAGCGGCCAGCUAUUAUCCGGGCAUUGAGGGUUGCGGCGUACAGUGCAAGGAUCCUCUGUAUACGGAUGAUGAACAUCGUCAGAUACACAAACUAAUUGGUUGGGGUGGCACAUUGUGCCUGCUGGCAAAUCUUUUUGUGGUCUCCACCUUCUUUAUUGACUGGAAAAAUGCCAAUAAAUAUCCAGCAGUUAUAGUGUUCUAUAUAAAUUUAUGCUUUCUUAUAGCUUGUGUGGGAUGGCUAGCCCAAUUCACUUCUGGUUCUCGUGAGGAUAUUGUCUGUCGCAAGGAUGGCACUUUGCGUCAUUCAGAGCCCACAGCUGGUGAGAAUUUGUCCUGUAUUGUGAUAUUUGUAUUGGUCUAUUAUUUCCUUACCGCUGGCAUGGUUUGGUUUGUAUUCCUUACCUAUGCUUGGCAUUGGCGUGCCAUGGGUCAUGUUCAGGAUCGUAUUGAUAAGAAGGGUUCCUAUUUCCAUUUGGUGGCCUGGUCGCUGCCUUUGGUCCUAACUAUCACAACAAUGGCUCUCAGCGAGGUGGAUGGUAAUAGCAUUGUUGGCAUUUGUUUUGUUGGCUAUAUCAAUCAUCCAAUGCGAGCUGGUUUACUGCUUGGACCUCUGUGUGGUGUCAUCCUAAUUGGUGGCUAUUUCAUUACACGUGGAAUGGUGAUGUUGUUUGGUUUGAAACACUUUGCCAAUGAUAUUAAAUCUACAUCGGCAAGCAAUAAGAUACAUUUAAUCAUUAUGCGUAUGGGCGUUUGUGCCUUACUCACAUUGAUCUUUAUAUUGGUAGCCAUUGCGUGUCAUAUUACCGAAUUUCGUCAUUCCGAAGAGUGGGCCGAAAGCUUUAGAGACUAUAUAAUUUGUCGCAUUACUUCAGUUUUUGAUGAGAAUAGUUCGUGUAAAAUUGAAAAUCGUCCUAGUGUCGGUGUCCUACAAUUGCAUUUAUUGUGCUUAUUUAGUUCUGGCAUUGUCAUGUCCACCUGGUGCUGGACACCAUCCUCGAUUGAGACUUGGAAACGUUAUAUAAGAAAAAAGUGCGGUAAGGAGGUGGUGGAGGAAGUUAAAAUGCCAAAGCAUAAAGUCAUUGCUCAAACCUGGGCGAAACGCAAAGAUUUCGAGGAUAAAGGUCGUCUAUCUAUAACUCUUUAUAACACACAUACCGAUCCAGUGGGUCUGAACUUUGAUGUCAACGAUUUAAACUCAUCGGAAACAAAUGAAAUAAGCUCCACUUGGGUGCAUUAUUUGCCACAAUGUGUCAAGCGUCGGAUGGCUUUAACAGGAGCUGCAGCUGGCACUACGAAUUCAUCAAGUCAGGGACCACGUAAAAACUCUCUUGACUCCGAAAUAAGUGUGAGUGUACGUCACGUAUCCGUAGAAUCAAGACGUAAUUCGGUUGACUCUCAGGUUUCGGUGAAAAUAGCCGAAAUGAAAACAAAAGUUGCAUCACGUACUCGUGGCAAACAUGGAGCCGCUUCCUCUUCUAGUCAUAAGCGAAAUCAACGUAGACGGGAUUAUAUAGCUGCCACCACAGGAAGGAGUAGCAAAUAUAGCACGACGGGACGCCGUGAGAGCAGCACUUCGGUUGAAUCUCAAGUGAUAGCCUUGAAGAAGACAACAUAUCCCAAUGCUAGUCACAAAGUUGGUGUGUUUGCCCAUAGCAGCAGUACCAAGAAACGUCGCUCGGCCAACGCUGGACUGGAUCCUUCGAUACUAAAUGAUUUCUUGCAAAAGAAUGGGCAAUUUAUAUUGCCUUUUUUGCAAAAUCAAGGAAUGACCACAUCCUCCGAUGAGGAAGAAAACUCUCGAGCCUCCCUCAAAAUUCAAGAUCUUAAUGUUGUGGUCAAGCAAGAACUAAGCGAAGAUGAUCUAAAUGAGGAUGACGAUGAUGGACCAAAAAUUGAAGAAUUACCCAACAAUUGCAAUGGCAAUGGCAUCAAGCAAGCUGCUUUAGAAACGUUCCUCAAGAAUAUGCAAAAGUCAAAUGAAUCGAAUAAUGGCAAUCGUCAUUCCCGCAACUCUACACGAAGUCGGCAAUCGCGUAAAUCUCGCAAAGAUCUAACCAAAGCAGCUCUAUCUUCAACAACUACCGCAGCUGCAGCCCCAGCCAAAAAUCUCUUGUCCAAUGAACUAUUGGCUCUCGAUUUCAAUCGAGACUAUGCUCUCGAUAUGGCCAAUGAUAAUUCAUUGAGUGUUUCAUCUGUGGAACUGGAUGUUGCUCUUGAUGUGGGCAGUCUUAUGCAUAGUUCCUAUUCCGGCAUAUCCAUAUCGGGCAAGCCUCAAUCUCGCAAUAGCAAAACAAGCUGCGAUGUUGGUAUUCAAGCCAAUCCCUAUGAGAUUUCACCAAUCACUCAUCUGCCCAACUUUGGCAAUGAGGAGCUGCAUCAAGCGAUGCGUCUACUAAAUGCAGCCAGUCGUCAGCGUAAUGAGGAAAUGGCAACUGCCACCGAAAUGCAAUCGCUUCUAGGUGUUGGACAUCACACAUCCUCGAGGCAUCACAAGGAGCCAACUUUUAUGAGCGAAUCUGACAAAUUAAAAAUGCUUCUGCUACCAUCCAAGUAGGGGGUAAGCAUUUUACGAUAAAUCAUCUGACGCAGACUUACUUAACCCAAUGCAUUUACUUAAGGUUUUGAAAACUAGUUUACUUUUAUUUAGCCAUACUCACGAAAUACUUUGAAAAGUUGGCAAAAGCCUAUGGAAAGUUUUCUAUCAAUCUUUUUAUUCAUUUUUCAUUUUAAUACUGUUCCGAAUUUUAAUUAAUACCAAUCGAUUGGUAACUUUUUUCGACUAUAGUUUUUGUUUUAGAAAACAUCACAUAAUUAACUCACAUAAUCCAUUUGAGAACAUCAAGGCAUAAAAACGAACCAAAGAGUCACUUUUUGAUUUCACUAAACAUUUCUUUUGGCAAUUUGUUUGCUCAAUAUUUUCAUUAACGUAAUUUAAUAUUGAGCCUACUGAGAAACAAUUUAAAUAGGUCUCCAAUUCAGUUGCAUGCCUUGCUAUAAAUAUUUCAAUUUUUUUACAAACUUCAGAUCAUCGACGAAUAUUUAUAUCACAUUUAAUUAAAUAGUUAAGAAAGAAAAGAACAAAACGAAAAAUUAUUCUUAGUUUGAUAAAGUCUUUUAUCAUAUAAAAUCAAAAUAGUUUUUAAGUUUUAUCUAAAAGAUAUGAAAAUUGCUGAAUCUAACGAACGGAAUGACAUUUUUUUUACCUUUCUAAGAAAUUUAAAACAGCAGUUCAAUAGAUUUUAAUUUUUGUGACAAAUUCAAACUAAACUCAAAACUCUCGAUGCCAAAACAUAAAUAGACAAAAACAAGCCAACCAUUCAUUCAAAUCUUCAACCUUAUUCCAAAGAACUUGUCUUCCAUAAAGAAAUUUCCGACUGGUUUCAUAUAUUUGUCUUCAAUGCAUUUAACUUUAUCGAGUUCAAGAAUUUCAAUAUCAUUUAUGAUUAGUUGCAAAGUGCAUAGAAGAACCUUCGGUCUAGCCGUUGAGGGGUUUUCAUUGCAGUUUAACAAAAUACAAUAAAUUCGAAUACUACGAAUAUACAUAACGAAUACUCAUAGAUAUUUAAGUUGCGAAAUUUUCACAUUUAUUUUUACAAAAACUCCUCCUUAACCAUUUUUAAAUUUUACAUUUAAGUGUGUUACUGUGUAUGUAAAUGACUGUUUUUUCCCCUUAAUCUAAAUAGAGUUUAGACUUUAUAUAACUAUAUAGAAACUUAAGAGGAAGUUGUUUAGAGAGUGAAAGCACAAACGAAAAGUGAAAGAAUGUAUUUUGUAUUACAAAACAAAAAAAUCGUGCCUACAAAAGUUUACAAAAUUUUUUAAAGUUACAUCUACGUAUAUUUGUUGUAACUAAAAUAAAAAAAAUAUAUAUAUAUUGAAACUA